AUGUCACCCGAUGAUGAAAAUUCCGAAAUCAUAGAAGAAGCCUCUAUCUCUCAGGGUCUACGGCUGCGAAAAUCAUUCAAUAAUAGGGCAGCUUGGGCUCAAAUACUUCCAGUUUCCGACGACGUGGUCAUCUCUUUGUCCUCCUACCCUAGGUUUCUGCAGGAUAUUGACCGGAAAGCGCUGUUCGGACUAGUGCAGGAACGUAAUAUAGAGGGCCUGGCAAUGUUCGGCGGAGAUGUUAAGUCAUUGGCGGCCGCCCUAGACUCUGAUCCGAAAUUAGGAAUCAGUAGUGAUGUCGAUCAUGUUAUAAAAAGGAUGGAAAUGUUUGGGUCCAACUAUUACAUCAAACCGCCCGUCAGAUCUUUCUUCAGCUUUGUGGUGGAGGCGAUCAGCUUUCAGAUCUCCAUUCUCCUAACGUGGGCAAUCAUAUCGGUUGUAGUUGGGAUCAAGCAGCACGGAGUCCGACAAGGAUGGUAUGACGGCGCUAAAAUUAUAGUCCCUCUUACUCUAUUCGUGGUGGUCAACUCUUUUAGCAAGUCCAAGAAAUUAAGGCAGUUUGAUAGGCUGUGGGAUGAGGAGAGUGAAAAUGAAAUGGUGGAGGUUCGUGUACUGAGAGGUGGACGCAGACAGACCAUCUCGAUCUUAGAGGUGGUUGUAGGCGAUGUCGUGUGCUUGUCCACCGGCGACCGUGUGCCUGCAGACGGGUUGUUCUUGAAUGGCCGCUCUAUGAAAGUCCACGAAUCAAACAUGAAUGGUGAGACUCGUGAGGUUGACCAGGCCACAAACCCUUUUUUACUCUCCGAAACAAUGGUAGUUCAUGGCUAUGGCCGAAUGAUCGUCACUUCAGUCGGCGUGAUUACGUCUUGGGGUAUUGAGACGAAUGAUUUAGACCAACUCACGCCGCUACGGCAACGCCUACCCAAAUUGUUUCCCAAGAUCUUGAAAUUCAUUUUGUUGUUCGUCUUCUUCGUAGUUCUUGCUAUCAGGUACUUCACCGGGAACACAAGGGACAAUAAGGGACGUCAGGAGUUCACAAUGGGGAAGACGAAAGCUGCCGACAUAAUGGAAACUAUGUAUAAUAUCCUUGAGGCGGGCGUAGCCAUAAUAGUCGUUUCAAUUCCCCAAGGUUUGAUUCUAGCUGCUACUUUUAGUUUAAGCUAUUCCAAGUGGAGAAUGAAGGGCGAUAACGCAGCUGUUCAGAAACUUUGGGCUUGCGAAACAAUGGGAUCUGCCACGACAAUCUGUACGGACAAGACUAGCACUUUGACUUCAAAUCAAAUGGAAGUCACUCAAGUUUGGAUAGGCAAGGAGCGACUCACAACAAAAAUCUCAACACAGAAUACUACACUUGUUCAGACAUUACUACAAGAAGAUAUCGUUUUGAAUACAAGUGAAGAGGUCUAUUUUAAGAAGAAUGAAAAUGAAAAUGAAAAUGAGAAUAAGAAUGAUAAGGAGAACCAACGGAAGCAAAAGAAGAAGAAACGAAAGCUGAAGCUGAAGAACAUGAAGAAAGGGAUGUCUGGAAGCCCGACCGAAAACUCUAUCAUGAGCUGGGCAGUGUCGGAUUUGGGUGCGGACAUUGUAGAAAUAAAGCAACGCUAUGAAAUAGUCCAUGUUGAAGCUUUCAACUCCUUCAAGAAACGCAGCGGAGUUUUGGCUAGAAGAACGUCGUCCCACGACGGUGCCCUGGAAGCACACUGGAAGGGGGCUGCAGAAAUGAUUCUGGGAAUGUGCUCGGAUUACUACGAUCAACAUGGGACGAUUAUGCCGAUGUCGGACGAAGAUAGAAAGCAAAUCCGUCGAAUCAUUGACGAUAUGGCUAAGAAGAGUCUAAGAUGCAUUGCUUUUGCUCAUAAAAAAAUAGCAAAUGUUGGAGAAAGUAGUAGUAAUAAUAGUAUUGCUGAAGAAGAUCAAUUAAAUGAGGAUUCCGGAUUUACCUUAUUAUCGAUCGUGGGUAUUGAGAAUCUCUGUCUCCCGGGGGUUAGAGAAGGAGUGUUGUCCUGUAAAGAUGCUGGUGUCGACGUCAAGAUGAUCACCGGAGACAAUAAACUGACCGCCACUGCAAUUGCACUCGAAUGCGGCAUCCUGGGAGAAAACGAUGAUCAGUCCGACGCUGUGGUGGAAGGAGCGACGUUCAGAAACUACACCAAGGAAGAAAGGAUGGAAAAGGUGGACAUGAUUCGGGUGAUGGCUAGGUCAUCCCCCAUAGACAAGCUAUUAAUGGUGGAGUGCUUGAAGAAGAAAGGGCAUGUGGUGGCUGUUACCGGAGACGGAAGCAACGACACACCCGCUCUCAAAAGAGCAGACAUCGGUCUUUCGAUGGGGAUUCAGGGAACAGAAGUAGCAAAACAGAGUUCAGACAUCAUGAUCAUGGACGAUGACUUCAACUCUGUAGUCACGGCUCUGAAAUGGGGAAGAUGCGUGCACAUCAACAUCCAGAAGUUCAUACAGUUCAAAUUCACUCUAAACAUAGUCGCGCUCUUCAUCAAUGUUCUCUCAGCAUUAUCCUCUGGCUUUAUCCCUCUCCAGCCUACCCAACUAUUGUGGGUCAACCUAAUAAUGAACACUCUUGGAGCCUUAGCGCUGGCGACGGAGCAACCCACAGACGACCUCUUAAAGAAGAAGCCAGUAGUAGUUCAGGGCGGGAGGACCGAGGCGCUCAUAACAAAGGUCAUGUGGAGGAACAUAAUAGCUCAAGCAGUGUAUCAAAUCACAGUCUUAAUAGUCCUAGAGUUCAAAGGGACACAAUUUCUUUCCGUCAACGAAAAGAUAAAAGAUACCGUCGUCUUCAACAGCUUCGUACUCUGCCAAGUGUUCAACGAAUUCAACGCCAGGAACAUAGAGAAGAAGAACAUAUUCACCGGUGGAAAACGGAACAACAACAUAUUAUUUUUUGGAAUCAUAUUGGUGACGGUGCUCCUUCAAGUUCUCGUGAUUGAGUUUCUAAACAACUUCGCAUCCACACAGAGACUCAACUGGGUACAAUGGUUCGUUUGCAUUCUCAUCGGCUUUCUCUCUUGCCCCAUUGCUUUCCUUGUCAAACUCAUUCCAGUUUCAAGGAAAACAUCACUCACCCUCCCAACAACCAACAGCAGGACUAGUUUAAUUGGUUAA